CCCAGUAUAUUAAAUAGUCGUGCGGAAUAAAUUCGGUAACCUGUCAAUUAAGUUUUUUUUUUUUUUACAUUUUCUAAUUUUUCUUUCUUUCCUUUACUCUUUUUUUUUUUUCUGUUAUUACCUAUAAAAAAAUAUAUAUAUAUAUAUUUACUACUUUCCCUUAUGAAUAAUUACAUGUCCAAUUCUACUAGCGAUGAAAAAGACCAGUCAGCACCUCGUAAACGAACAAGAGCUACACCUGAACAAUUAUCUGUUCUUGAGAAAACAUUCCAUGUCAAUCCCAGUCCAAAUAAUCGUGUUCGAGAACAAUUAUCUCGUGAAUUAGGCAUGUCGGAGAGGUCUAUCCAAAUUUGGUUCCAAAAUAGAAGAGCCAAAGUAAAGAACAUUGCAAAGAAAUCAUCCAUCUUGCACGAUGAAACACUUCGUAUGCAGUACUAUGCUUCCUCUGCUGCUGCUGCUGCUUGUCAGGCAGCUAUUUAUCAACAACAUCAGCAGAACGGUGAUAAACCUUCAGAAAUGGAAAUUGGCGAUCCCAUCAAAACAAAUCCAGAUCUUUACUAUUAUUACUAUUAUUAUUAUUUCAAUCAACAACAACAAUUACAGCAAAGACAAAAACAACACAUGUAUCAUCCUUAUGGUCAAUAUCACACUACUGCUAGCUCUGUUCCUCCACCACCCAUCUCUUUAAAAUCUAUGCCUCCUCCUCCUCCUCCACCACCUACCUCAAAUGAGAAUGGUUCUAUCAGUCCUUCUUCUUCAGACCAUUCAUUAUGGUCUUCCUCAAAGAAACCACGCACCAGAGCACAUACCAUCGGACCUUCCAUGAUACAACAACGUCCUAGACUAUUCGACAGAGGCAACUCUGUAGAAAUGAUACCAAACUAUGCCACUAAUUAUACACACAUGUUAAAUACAACAACAAAUCUUGCCUCUUGUUCUCCACCCAACUUUUCUAAUCUUUCUGUGGGUGAUACUCUUUUACCUUAUCAAACACCCACGUCCUUUUUUGAUACAGACGUCAGCCAACCACAGCCGUCGUCUUUAACAUGGACUGAUUUACCCUUUUAUCAAGACCCUACCAUGAUGAUGACACCGACUACACCUUCCAUGUUUACACCUACCACAUUACUGCAACCUUACUUUGACCCUCAUCAAAAGAUAUCCGCUGAAGCACUUCAAAUCGGAACCUGGAAAAGAAUGGGUUUUGAACCCAGCGAUCUUGUAUGCCAAUUUGACAAGAACAAGAAGAGCUUUAGUUGGUGUAUUCAAGAUGGACCGAGUCGAUUCAAGAUGGAAUUUAAUCAAUCUUCAGUUCAAAAGAUGCAGUUAUUACCACUAGAAGGAAGAGCAGGUUGGGCACGUUUAGAGAUCUCGGUGACUUCCAACGAGAUUUCGUUUUAUAUGGAAGUAGCGCCGGAGUGGGUGCAAUGUAGAGAUUACACAGAAGAUAAACAGGCUUCCAUCAUCACUUUACAUCAUUUGGAUGGUCCUGCUUUGGCUUUAAAAGCAGAACUAGAGUCUCUGAAAAAGGAGAAUGGAUACCUGGCUUCCAUCAUGAACUAAGAUAAAAAGAAACACUUCUUAUAUGUAUGUAUACGCCCUUUUAUGUUACACUUAUGCACGCACUCAUUGGCUGAAAGCAAUAAAACUAAUUUAAAUAUUCAAACUA